AUGUUCGAGGCUAGCAACGGGGCAUGCAUUGCCCUGUUUGCAUCGCUCCUUGCCUUGAUAGUGAUUUUUGGGAGAAAAAAGCUCUAUCCAAAGCCGUAUCCUCAAAUCCCGUACAAUGCCCAUUCAGCAAAGCGAAUCAUGGGCGAUUUGCCAGAUCUGAUUCCCGCCAUCAAGGCCACCAAAGCAAACUCCGAGUCCAUCUACCGCAUCACCACGCAAAAGCUCGGCAGUCCGAUCGCCCAGCUCCUCCUACCAGGAAAUCCGAUGAUCAUCCUGUCCGAUCCUUACGAGAUCGAACGUAUUCUGCGCAGUAACCAAUUUGACAAGUCGGCCUGGUCCCUUUCUGUGGUUGGCCCGCUCUUCUCCAAAGCUACACUAUCGCAACUCACCACUCCGGAGCUUAAGGCGCAGAAAAGGCUCUGGGGAGAUGUCACAGGCCUGGACUUUUUGAAGCGAACAGCGGCUCCGAAGUCCUACAGCUCAACAGUCGAGCUGGUCGAACUUUGGCGCCUGAAAGCAACCACCGCCCACAAGGGCCAACCAUUCAACGUUUUAGAAGACUUGAAAAACGCGGCCCUGGACGCCGUAUGGGUGUCCAUUAUCGGUGAGGAGCCUGGGACUCUGAGGUAUGAGAAGAGGAAGCUGGAACACGAACUGAAGGGUCAACAAUUCGACGAUCCCGCGCCGCCAGGAUCUUUCAUGAAGGAACAAGUGGAAUACAUAGUUGAUACCAUCAUGGACGCCAGCGCAACACCGUUUCCAGCCUGGGCGGUCAAGCUGGAGGUCUUGAAGCCACGUUUCCGCAGGUUCAGGAAGGUUGUGACACGGGAAAUGAGCCGUGCGAUGAAGAAGGCUUUGACGAGAUAUGAAGGCCUGGACCUGGACAGUCUUGGGAAGGAUUCCAUUGAUACAUGUGCCAUGGAUCUCGUUCUCCGCAAACAAGCUCUACAAGCCAAGAAGGCGGGCGUGGAACCUUCAGAUCCGGCAAAGGACGUUGCUAUGCUCGACGAGCUGUUUGUUUUGCUCAUUGGUGUAGGUAGCCCGAUGUUCUCCCACUCUGCCAACGCUUUACUAACUAUGCCAGGGCCACGACUCCACCGCCAACACUCUGGCAUGGCUGACAUUCCUUACCUUGAUGCCGCCUGUGAGGAGGCCCUCCGUCUGUCGGGAACUUCCAACGGCGUUCUUCGCUCCCCUCUGCAGGACACCACCAUCCUGGGAUAUCCCGUUCCAAAGGGCUCGAUCAUCUACAUGAAUAUCCAUGUGAAUCACUCAUCGGUUCUAGCGGAUGAGUCCCAGCGCACCGAGACCGGCAAAGCUGCUCGUCAGAAGAAGGACGACGGCUUCAAGACACCUGCCGGAAGGGAUCUUGGAACCUAUGAGCCCAGGAGAUGGUUGGUCAGGGAUGAGACGGGGAAGGAAAAGUUCAAUCCAAAUGCUCUUCCACAGCUGGCCUUUGGCGCAGGUGUUCGAAUGUGCUUCGGGAGGAGACUAGCCGUAAUGCAAUUCCGCAUUGCUGUUACACUUCUCAUACUCAGCUUCGAGUUUCAAGAAGUACCAAAAGGAAUGCAGUCCAUGGCAUGCAUCGAGAGAUUGUUUCGAACCCCACAACAGCCUUACGCCAAACUGAGAGUACUCUGA